AUGGAGAGGUCACAUAUCAUCACCGCUGCCGUCUUGGUGUGGGUGCUCGACCUUGUCGUCCUGUUGCUCUUCUGGCCGAAGCGCUACACCAAAACUGCCAAAAGCAAGGUAUCUGCCCAGGUCCUGGUCCUUGGCGACAUUGGACGGAGCCCUCGCAUGCAGUACCAUGCCCUGAGCAUUGCGAAGCAUGGCGGUUCAGUCGAGCUCAUCGGCUACAAUGAAUCACCACCUCUUGCGGAACUUGUCCAACACACAAACGUGCGCAUCUGGGGCUUGAGCGCACCGCCAAAGCUACUCCAGUCCAAGGCCGUCCCCUUCAUCUUGACAGCCCCGUUCAAGGUGCUCUGGCAGAUCUACGACCUCUGGAUGGUCCUUUGCUACAAGACACCACCCUGCGAGUUCCUCAUCGUCCAGAACCCGCCUUCCAUCCCUACCCUCGCCAUCGCGUUCCUCGUCAGCCUCGUUAGAAACCACCGUGUUGUGAUUGACUGGCACAACUAUGGCUGGACCAUUCUUGCCGGUACCCGCGGACCGUCCCACCUCUUUGUACGGAUCUCGAAGCUCUACGAAUGUCUUUUUGCAAAAGCCGGCAACGAGAACAUUGCCGUCACCAAUGCCAUGGCCCGCCAACUGCAGAAGCCGCCCUACGGCAUCAAGAACCGGGUUGUCGCCAUGCAUGACAGACCGGCCACUAUCUUCAGCCCCAUGAGUAACUCAUCUGAGCGUCUCAAGUUCCUCAGUCGCCUCCUCGAGAAUGAGGCUAUGGCUUCCACCAUUGUCGACGGUAAGGCCAGGCUUAUCGUCAGCAGUACUUCGUGGACUCCGGAUGAGGACUUUGGCCUGCUACUCGAUGCUCUGACCAAAUAUGCUGGUCAAACUGAGACAUCCCAGGCUAAGGAAGCCGAGACUACACCCCUGCUAGCCAUCAUCACUGGCAAAGGCCCCCAGAAGGCCAUGUACGAGGACAAGAUCGCCCAGCUCACGCAAAAAGGCCUGCUGCCCGGCAUCCGCAUUCAGACCAUGUUUCUCCCCUUUGAGGACUACGCCACCCUCCUGGCUUCCGCUGACCUCGGUGUGUGCCUGCACAAGUCCAGCUCUGGCGUUGACCUGCCCAUGAAGGUGGUCGACAUGUUUGGCGCGGGCUUGCCGGUGGCGGCCUACUCGGGGUACGAGAGCUUCUCGGAGCUGGUCAAGGAAGGCGAGAAUGGAUGCGGUUUCGAGACACCGGACGAGCUGUCAGCGACGCUGAGCCGCCUGCUGCAACCCUCUGGUGCCAAAGAGCUCAGUGUGCUCAAGAACGGCGCCGUGAAGGAGGGCAGUCGCCGUUGGGACGAGGAGUGGGAUGCGGUUGUGGCCCCGAUCCUCGGCAUUUCUGCAUGA